AUGUCUGCCGUGAACCGGACAGCCGACUCGGCAUCGGACACUGCGCAGCGGUACCUUGUGCAACCAACAAAAAAGAAAAUCACACCAGCGGAUCUCAAUCCCGAGCGACGAAUGCGCCGGCAGAACGAGGCUGGUCAGCCUGCUGCUGCUGCCUCUGGGACCAACCAGCAGCAGAAAUUGUACAGCGAGUGGCCGCAGAGGAAGAACCAUCCCGCCACUCCCGCAGCAAACGCCGCUCCCACAAACCACCAGCCGCGCAAGAACGGCGGCACGUUCCCCAACUUGCGGGCCUUCUCGUACGAGUCGCUGAUCAUUCUCGCCUUGUUCCUUUACUUGGUGUGGAGCGUGGCCGGCUGGCGCAGUGUCGAUUCUUACUUUGCAUAA